CUCAUAAAAUUAAAAUAGCAGUCAGGUUAUACAAUUGUGAAUCCUAAGUACGAGAGUGACAAUAAUAUGGCAAUUUCAAAAUUUAUUUUACUCAGUUUGAGUAAAAUAUAAAUAAGAGCAUCUCAGAUAAGGUUAUUGUUGAUCGAGCAAUCUAGGAAUAGGUACAAAAAUUAAAUAUACUAUAAGCAUUCAGUUCAUACCAACACAUAACACUUUCUCUUGCUGUCAACCUUAUUAUAGGAUUAAGGCUCUUCUACAUCUGACAUCUCGUCCUUGAAUUUGAGUACUACAGGUUGAAGAUUUCUUUCAACUUUCAAUCAAGAUUUUAGAGGUACAUGUGCUCGAUUCAUAUUUGAAGAGGCAUCUGUGAGGAUAUCUUCUAUUUGUUCUGCCCACUUAACACUUUUUUUCUCUCUUGGUUCCUCUUUAACUGGAGAAGAGGUCCUAUUCUCAAGUUUAAGACCCUGAUCAAAACUUUCUGCUUUGUAAGGUCUUUUCUGGCCUCAUUCUUUGUUUUCAAUUUUACGUAAUUUCCUAGGAUCAAAGAUCUUCUUCUGAAAUUCUUCAGGGUUAGAUUCUACUCCACUAACAUCAUCCAGGAUCUCUUGCAUGACUUCUGUAUGAAUGUCUACUGCUUUGAAGAUCCUAUAGGAGUCUUCUUCAGAAGGAUCAGGCUUAUAAUCCAGGUUGUGGCUUUCUGAUGAAAGGCCCUUCCAAUCCUCUUCUUCACUGUCAGAUUCGGAAGAGCUGUCUUCUGAACCUUGAGAUUUUUUGGAGGAUGUAGAAGGAGUAGAAGGAACUCUAUUAAUCUUACCGUUCUCUAUUUUUAUUUCUAUCUCACUGGUUUGAGAACUAUCGUUGUCUCUGUCAUCUAUUAAGCAAGGGUUGUUCAUUAUGUAGUCAGGCAUUCAUCAUUGAGCUACUUCCAGAGGAUCAUAAAGAGAAUCAUCCCACUCUUCAGGUACCUCAUAGAUACGAUAUGGAGACACUUUUUCAGAUACCCUGUCUAGCGUAUUAAAUGAUGGAAUUAAUUCUUCUAGUACUGGCUCUGUGCGAGGGAGUUCAUCUAGUAAAGUUAAUGAAAAUACAUCUGAUUCACUCUUAAACUUAUACUUUUUAUCUUCAAGAUUGACAUAUUCUUCUUGAUGAAAUUGAGGAUAAUAUUCUUCAAGUAAUUCUUUUUCAAAUACUUUAGCGUGCUCAAGGAUCAAUCUUCUUGGUUUAAGGUCAUCAAGGCUUCUCUCAUCGUAUUCUCUGCUAUCAAGUAAGACACCAUUGAUAUGGAUGUUUGAUUGCUUUCCAUCAUUUUCAUAAUUUAUUAUGUCUCCUGAUUCGAUUCUUCAUCCAACGCUAGAUUUGAUUAGUUCAUCUCAUUGCACAAUUUUGCUGUUCAUUGAUGAUUUAAUAUUAGGGCGAAGUAUUCUCGGUGAAGGUCGUACUCGCUUGGAAUAAAACCUUUGUCCUCACGGGAAGCUUUCUCAGUUUUGUGUCACAGAGCUUGGAAACUUCCGUCAUAAGUUUUAACUUGAUUUAUGAUAUAAUCAAUUUCUUUUUGGUAUUUCUCUCCAGCAAACAUUCCAACUUCAUCCAGAGGGUGGUUGUGGACACUUCUGUACCUAGCAAGAUGGUAGUUGGGUUUACCGGAUACUUGGGCAAAUAUCAUCCCGAAGGGUCACAUUAUUCUGUUCUUGUGGCCUGGGUGCUUUGGAGGACGGCUUCUCCAGCACCUAAAAGUGCUUCUUCUCUCCCUACGAUUUCCUCAUGGAACUAUCAGUCUGAAUCCAUUAAGCAUUGCAAGGAGUUUCACAGUUUGAGCUAAUUGCUUUCUUGUGCUUACAUGCAAUAUAGCUUUUGAGAAGAUUUCAAAAUUAGGUGUUUUUAUUUGAAGUCCUCUUGUAAGCUUCAUUUCAUGCCCAUCAGGCUCCCUAAGCUUAGCGAUUCUUGGGAUGAUACAGCGCAUUUUAAAAUUUCUACGCAUCUCUGCUCCUACAGAAUAAUCUUCGAGAAGUUCAUGCUCUUGUUUAACUAAGGGCAUUGGGUCUUCAACUUCUGUAUCUCGUUGAUAUCUUGAGAUUUCAUAAGAUUUUUUGAGAAGUUCCUGAGCUGUUUUGUAUCGAUUAGUAUUCUGAUUCUUGAGCUCGAGCCAUUGACCUGAGGAGAUCAAUCUACCACGCUCAUCCAUGGCUUUUUGACGUAGUAGGAGCUCUUCUUUGACAAUAUCUUGCACAUUCUGUUUUUCUGUAAGUCUUCACCUGUCAUUAUUGGAAAUCUGGUCAAGAGAUACAACUAUCGUUCAUGGCUCUAUUAGUAGCAAGUAGGUGGACUUCUCAGGAAUCCCAAAUUUAUUUCAAAAUGAAAGGAUAAAUGAUUUUGGGCUUGGAAAAAUAUUUUUGUCCAAAUGCAUAAGAUACUUUUCACGGUCUUCAAUCCUUAUGGAAAUUCUUAGUUUCAUGUUACAGGUGCAGGGUCUAUAAAUUUCAUUUGUUUUGCUGGCUUUGUGAGAGCAC